GGCGGCGGGGGGGAGACGCCGCUGCGCCUCCUGAGCUUCUCCGCCCCCCCGCCGCGGGCGCGGUGUGGGCCGGGGGGCCGCGGCUGCCCCUCAGGAGAGUGGGGCCGCGGCGGCGCUGAGGGGGAGCGGGCAGAGCGGGCGGGUCCGGUGCGGCGGAAAGGGCACGGCCCGCCGCCUGCUGCCCUCGGAGGGGCUCCGAGUCCUCGGGGGGAGCGGGCAGGGGCUGUGGAGGGGCCGCCCCGCUGCCCCCAGCCCGGUGCGGGGCCGCCCUCGGCCGCGCAGGAAGGGCAGAGCCCCGCGGAACGGGAGCCUCCCCUCCCCCAGCUCUCGCGGCUCGCAUGUUCGGGCCGUGUAGGUGUUAUUUACCUAAAUUGUUCGAUCUUGCCUCUUCCCCGCCCUGCCCGGAGAAGCGGGGAGAUGCGGAGGGGCACGGAAAGGCCUGUUAGUGCUCGCUGCCACCCCCGGCUGCGCAGGGACUCCGUUCUCGGCCUUUCUGGGUGGAGGGGAAGGUCGUUCUCACGGCUUUCCACGCCAGUCUGUGGAAACAGUGGUGGUCAGUCUUGCCCCCGCUGUAAUUGAGUUAAUUGUGCCUUGGGACCGAGAGCAGUGUGUCUGUUGGUGAAAUGUGGUUUGUAAGAGAGGGCUAAGAUAAGAUUAUGGAACCCCAUGUGUGUCAGAUCACUUAAUUCUUUCUUACUGAGGGCUUCGGGUAAAACCAAUAAAGUUUGGAUUGUGACUAUUCAGGCAAAGUGGAGGGGCAGGCACUGAUCUGUGGCCUCUGGUGAUCGGUUGCAGGACCUGGGGGAAUGACAUGGAGCUGUGUGCAGGUCGUUUAGGUUGGAUAUUAGGAAAAGGUUUUUCACCCAGAGGGUGGAUGGAGACUGAAACUGUUGCAAUGGCCCCAAGCCUGACAGAGUUCAAGGAGCAUUUGGACAAGGUUUUCAGGCGCAGGGUGGGAUUGCUGCGGUGUCCUGUGCAGGGCCAGGAGUUGGCCUCGAUGUUCUUUGUGGGUCACUUCCAGCCCUGGUACCCCCUGCGAGGGGUCUCUCAUGGUUUGGGGUUUGUGUUGCUCAAACCCGACCCUGGGUUGGGGCCUUGGGGAGCUGCUCUCGCACUGACCCUGGUGCCAGGCUUUGAGCCUGGAUGCAUGUCCCUGGAGGGAGCUGUGCCAUGUGCUCACCUGGCUCCUCAUGGGAGCUCAGGCCUGGGUGCGCUCCACACACGGGUUGGGAAGAGCCCCUGCCAGAGGGGACUGGGCACAGUGGCAGCUGUUCAGAGGAAAGCAAGUGGACACCCAGCAUUUCUGCUCGGGGCUGGGAGCGAUUUCUUUGUUCUUUGAACACACUCUGUUUUCUGAAACAGAAUUGCUCAAAUUAUUCAGACUCAGAGCUGGGGCUUGUGCCAUCCUGCCAGCCAGCCUGGGUGUUGGAUGUGAAUGCAGGGUGGAUUCUGGGUGCAUCGUCAGCUGGGGCAGAGGAAUCACUCAUCCUGUGGUUGCUGGUUUGGUGUGAUGUAGAAAAGGGCAAAGUUUCUGCUAGGAGAGGAGAGAGUGAGCUUGGGAAGACUCAAGGCAAGAUUUGGGGAAAGUGUGAAGCUUUAUCAGUUCCUUAAUUAGCCCUAAAACUGGGAUUAGGGUAAUGUUCCAGUUCCUACAGCACAGGCUGUGCGGGACACACACCGUGUCUGUAACUGGACGAUGAAAUUGGGAUUGGGAUGUCUGAUCCCAGGUGCAGGGCGGGCAGUGCUCUGCACUCAGAUCUGCCUGUGCCUCGUGCCUGGGAUCCCUGUUCACUUUGGAUGACUCCAGACAGGGGAGGUGAAUUGUAAUUGUAAAGGGCCAGACCUUUCCCUGAUCUUUGGUGGUGGGCAGUGAUCCUUUCCUUUCAUCUUGCCAACGGGGAGAAGUUUCCGUUAUUUCACCUUUCUCUGGUGAUUUAUGUCAAUAGCUGGUAACAUAAUUUCUGUUGUUAGUGAAAUUGGCUGUCUCGUUCCCAGCGUGUGUGGUGGUAGAGUUGGGUGUGCGUGUCCUGCACUCCGAGCAGAGUCAGCUGCAGACUGUGGGGAGUUGAGGAAGGGAGCGUAGUCUUGGCUUUGGCUGCGGCAAAGAAGCAAAAUCUCGUGCAGCUGAAGCUCUGGGUGAUGUGCCUGGGCGAGGGGAUGAGGCACAGAGCAUGGGCAAAUGUGGUGAGAGGUAGAUGUUGGAGGAGAAAGCAGACACUUCCAAGUGGGAGGGUCAGAACAGGUUUUGUUGGUUGGCAGGGCUCUUGGGUUCCUAGAUGGAGGGAAAGUGAGGCUUGUUGCAUGUUGGGAAUAUGGCUCUUUGGAAAAGUGAUGUUAAAAUUGGCAGUAGGUUCUAGCAACUGUGGAGGAAAUUGGAUCAUGGAAUGUUGCAUGACAUUAAGGUUGCUGAGGUUAGUGCAGGGGCAGUUAAUGGUCCUUGUUUGCUUGAAAAAGCCUGGUGAGAUGUGAGAAUGAAGACGCAAACCUGGGAUUGGGAAUUGACUUGGUAAAAUGCCAUUUCCUGACAGUGAGACGUGGAAAGACUUAGAGUUUGAUAUCUGGGGCAUUUUCAAGUAAUGCAGAUUGGGUUCAUCAGCAUGGAAUGUGUUGAAGUAGGAAUCUCAGCGUAUACAGGAUGUUGAAAGGUGGUUAUAGAUUCGUGGAGUUGUAGAGAAAGAAACUUUCUGCUCUCAUGAAAGAGACAUGUAUCCAGCUUUUCCCAAUUUUGUUAAAUGGUGGGUGUCCUUACACUUCCAGUUCACUUCUUCUCCAUUUUCUCCUUACAGAACUAAUUUUCUCUUUGUCUUUCCUCAUGUCCUCUGAGGAAUAAGCGAAAGGAAGACAGGAGAAGCAAAUGGGUGACAUUGUGGUGGUGUGAUUAAUUUCGUGUCACAUUUCUGAAGAGGCAGGGAUUUAUUUCUGGGUUACCAGACCUGUCACCUCCGCCGUUCCUCCAUUAUGGAAUUGCUUACAUUAAGAUAUCUGUUUUAGAACUCUUUGUGUGACAUUGUUGCCAUCUUAGAUAUUAUUGUCCCAUAAGGGUCUUGAGAGGAAAAAAAAAAAACCAAGAUUUUAAGAUCAGGAAAUACUGCCUUGACUUAGUCUGGCUACAAACAUUUGUUGCAAGACAGCUCUUGGAUAAUUUUUCUAAGCUUGGAUAUCUCCUUCCAGGGGCUUCCAAGAGCUGACUUCCCUGGAAUUUACAGAAUGUAAUUGGAGAAAGGGAGUUCUCCUUUGAACCUGAAAAAACUGCUUGGAAGAGGAGGCUGCAGCUUUUUGAGCUGGUGUUAGUGCUGUUGCUGAAUGUAAAGUGUUUUUCCAAGCUGGUUUUUGGCCCCUUUUUCCAUCAAGGUGCCAAAGUUACGUAUUGGUAGGAGAGAUUGAUGAGAAGCGGGAUUGUUGAUGUGGUCAUGGGAUCAGUGCUUCAUGGAUACUUUCUGCUUAGGAGUCCAGUAGAGAAGCAGCAACAUGAGCCUGGCCCAAGUGCCAUCUGCUCCUGUGUUCACUCAGCUCUGAUGGUUUUAUUGCCCAUUUCAUGCUGCUGCUUUGGGAGGUUGAAGGGCAGGAGGGAAGCUUGGGGUUCUUUGUGGACUCGGUACCACCACAGACUCACAUUUGGAAGGUUACAACUUCAAUAAUUUUCAUUUUCCACCGAGUUGAGUUGUGAGAUUUAGGUUAUGUCCUCCUUACUGAGUUCUAUUUUUUAAUUAACGUUCCCAUUUACAGGGAGGUGGUUUCUAAAGCAGGCUGUCCAGCUCCUGCCUCUGUAAUGGCUGCAUCAUUAUGGCCGUUUAUUCCAUGUGAGUGGUGAAUAAAUUGUGUGCUAGAUGGAAAACAAUUUUGAGUCAAGGCAAGAGUUUGACUGCAGGCUUCCCAUUGGACAGUCUGAAGUGUUAACAGCAGACCUAGAAAAUUGAAGUUACUCACUCUGUUUUUGCUGAGAAGUAGGCUCUGCCCUUGCACCUUCUGGAACAACCAAAGGCUAAAUUAGUCCUCUUUUAAUUAAGCCAAGUUCAGGGAGAAUCCAGCGUGCUAAUACAGAAUUACACGCCAGAACUUGCUUUCCCUGGGUGGGAAAGGUCUUCCUGUGGUGGGAAGAAGUGGCCCCAAAUCCUCUUGUGUGUCCAGGGAGCCAAAAAGGUGCCUCUCCCUGUUGUUACCAAAGCCUUUGGAGAAGGCAUUUUCUCAGAGCAUAUUUGCACAUGUGCGUGUGAGUUGUCAGAAAGUCUUUAUUUUUAGUGUUCAGAAAAUGGAUGAGCGUGGACGCGCACAACAAAUUAAUUUCCAGUCUAGAAAAGCAAGAGCUCCUGCAGUGUUCCUUCUCUUGCAGCCUUUUUCACAGGUUUCUCUAUCUGUUACCAGUGUGCUGCUGAAUUCCAGCCUUUCUUCCACGCUUGGUUGUACUCCAGAAGGAAAAAGAGGGCUUUUUCCUCACUGUGCAGCAUCUAGAUUAAUUUCAACUGAGCUUACAAAUGAAGUUACAAGUUUUGGCACAACGGCUUUACUGGGGGCUUGUGAGGUGUCAAGGAGAGUGCUGAUUGCUGGAGUUUAAUAGCUGGGGGUUUUUUUCCAUUUGAUUCUUGGAAUGGUGGUAGCUAGUUUCAUCUUGUGUUAAUAAUGAUAAAUUUUUAGGGAAUUAUGUCAGAAGUUCACUUGCUGGCAGGGGUUUGCUCCGGGUGCCUCUCGCUGAGCCUGCUCGAUGCUGGCUGAGGGCUGGAGGUGGUUUGUGGUGCAUUGCCUGCUCCAUGGAACAGCUGAUCACAGGAAUUUCCUGAAGAAAUAGUAACAGGCAGUGUCCUCUGGUUUAUCCUUUGGCUCUGGUAAUUGUUCCUGCCCCUAGGAAUUGCAUGACCAGAUCAAUUAAAACUGUAACUUUUACAAAUGGUUGGUGCAGGUCAGUUUUCUGAGUUCUGCCUCAAUCCCUCUGUGUACAUGAAGCAUAGGAGUCAAAUCAGCUGAAUGAUUGUCCUGGCAGUACUCUGUGCCUACUAAUUAAUGAGGAAAACAACUGUGUCACUUAGCAGCAAUUAGGGAGGUAGAACUUUCCAGAGGAUGCUGCCAGUGGAACCUGAUGUCAGCCCAUAGUGCUGCUGAAACAUUCCCCUUUGUGAGCCUCCAGGAAGAGUUCCCUGGUGUUGCUGGGGUCUCAGAAACUGUAGUUUUGGUAACUGGAAUACUGUCCAAAGCUCCAAGAGCAGGAGAUGUAGUUUUGUUAGUGCUCUUGGAAGAAAAAGGAACUGCUUCCUGUUGAAGUAUUGCUUUGGCUUUAGGGCAGACCUGAAGGGAUAUUCCUCCAAAGAAAAUCCCCCUGCCUUUCCUGCGCUCCCUGCUCAGCCUGAACUGUCAGUUUGGGGAAGAGGUGCAAGCAGAAGAGUCUUGUCGUUGGUUUCUGGUUGGUGUGUGUGUACAGACAAGUUGGUUUGGCAGUGCCUGGUUGUGUUGAGCCAUUUGUAUCGGGUUGUGUCAAGAGUCCUUGGCCCUGGCAGUGAGGAUAUCCGUGGGGUUAUGGAUGCUGGGAGCGGUGGCAGGAGCUGCAGGCAUGGGAAAGAGGCAGAGCCUGUGCUCAGCUGCUGGGGCUCGGGUGUCUGGCUGAUGUUGCUGCCCUCUGCAGCUGCAUGGCUCAUCCAAGGCCAGCUUUGGGGUCUUUGUGUUUUGGGGUCUUUUGCUUUGCUCCAUGUGCUGGUGACUAACUUAGCUCUGAAAAUAGUAGUGCUCAUGGUCUUGGGAAAUUGUCUGCAUAGAAUCCCUGUCACUGCUGCUGGAGGUGAUCCCAGUGUUCUGCCCCGGGUCCACAGAGCUGUUGCCAGCGCUGAUAUUUGGCAAAGGACAGAUGCCCAGCCAGGCUGAGAGGCUGGAGACCCACAGAGCGUUCAUGGGAGCUCUGCUAAAAUUCAGGUGUUAAAGAUCUGAACGAAAAGGAAGACAAAGCAUGACAGACCUUCUGCCAGGAGAGUGUGUGGCACCAGAGCCACUGCCAGGGCAUCCUGGAGGGUGACAGACAUGUUACACGCUGCUUUCCCAGUUGGGAAAGUGGGACAGUGAAGUUUUCCCCAAGACUGUGAAGAGUGUCAUGGAGUCACAGUAAAGCCAUUCCUGUGGCUUCCAUAGAGAUUGUGAUCCUCGUUACAGAGGAUCAUUAUUUCUUCAUUGGCAGGAAUCGUGAGGAAUUCAGAGAGGAAUCAGUGGAGCUGAUGUAGGAAGAGCCAAUCUAAAUUUAGGAUGUUUCUAGUGCAGAAUUUCUCCAAGAUGUUUCUUCCAGUAUAACUAAACCUGUCAACUGCUUUCCCUGCAGACUGGCUAUGUCUUGUUUUGAAUUAAUCACAACAGUUCAUGUUUCUUUUUUAAGGGAAUGUUGAGGUCAUUACGUUAUCAUUUGUUAUUUCUCUACAGUCGAACACAACCAGCUAUUUAAAAGAAAUCUGGAAAAUAAUUUUGGUGGAAAAUGCAGUUAAAUCAGACUGUGCUGUUCCAGAACAAUAUCCAGAGAAAAGUUUGAUUUCAAAGCUAAGCUUUUUUUUUAAAGUCAAAUUUUAAAAUCUACUUUUCUGUCAAUGUUCUCUCUUUAGUAGGGAAAUGAUCUUCAGGAAAGGAUAUAAAAUGUCAAUUUUGUUAAUCCAGGCUUGUUUCUAUUUUAGCUGUAAAAUCAUAGAAAAAUAUAGGUUGCAAGGGACUUCUGGAGGUCAUUUGUUCUGUACUGGUAUUGCUGAAGUUUCAGCAUCAUGAGAGCACACAAAUCAGGUUUCUUUUGUGAGAUAGAGCAUAUUUUUUAAUGGAGUUGAUUACUGUUGUUUCUUUUAAAAGUAAGCUGGGUGUUGAUUGAUGUUGACUGCCAGCAGGCAGUACUGUAAUAUUUAGGCAUGUCUUGAUUUUUUAAUUUCAGUAUUUCUCCAGUAUUAGAUAUUCUCCAAACUCUGAAGGAGCGAGGGCGCUUCCCUGGGAGGAUUACAGGGCUAUGUGAAGGAAAUCAUCAACAAUUUUAUCUGAUAAUUGUAAUUCUUGCUCACCCUCCCAAAUCACAUUUUACACUCAUGAUUUUAGAGGCUGGGUUAAGCUUUCUGCUGUGAAAGGUAACAUCUCGCUUGCAGCUGAAGAUAAAAGAAGGGGAAUAACCUUUCAGUUCCAGACUCCGCGCUGUAAUUCUGCUCUUCUCCACUGACAGAGCUUUUCUUCUCUCACAACAAACCCGCUGCUGUCUCAGCCUGUUUACAGUCUUAGGCUGGCACAAUCACCACUGUAAUGAGCUUACGUGGGGAAAGUAGAAGUGAGAGGAAAGUCUCUAGACCUGUUUGGCCAAUCUGUCCACUUUGCUUUCUCCUCAAGAGGAAGGUGAGCUCGUGUGGAAUUCAUAAAGCUACGGAAAUGUUUUCUUGGCUCUUCGAGUUCAGCUUGCUGCAGUUCAGGGCCUGUUGUGCUCCUGCGGGACCGCUGCGGGCUCACUGAAGCAGAGUUCAGGUGGAGGAAUCUGAGGCCUUUCUCCUCUGUCAGCACUGCAGACCAGCUCGCCUCUGAUUUCACAUCUCGCUUCCGCCUGCCAAGCUGUCUGAUAUGUCGGGACCCGUGCCGAGCAGGGCCAGAGUUUACACGGAUGUGAACACACACAGACCCCGGGAGUACUGGGACUAUGAGUCUCACGUUGUUGAGUGGGGAAAUCAAGAUGACUACCAGCUAGUUCGAAAAUUAGGCCGAGGCAAAUACAGUGAAGUAUUUGAAGCCAUCAACAUUACAAAUAAUGAAAAAGUAGUUGUUAAAAUUCUCAAGCCUGUUAAAAAGAAGAAAAUCAAGCGUGAAAUCAAGAUCUUAGAGAACUUGCGAGGCGGGCCCAAUAUAAUCACCCUUGCAGAUAUAGUAAAAGAUCCUGUGUCUCGAACACCCGCUCUGGUUUUUGAACAUGUAAACAACACAGACUUUAAGCAAUUAUACCAGACAUUAACAGAUUAUGAUAUUCGAUUCUACAUGUAUGAGAUUUUGAAGGCUCUAGAUUACUGCCAUAGCAUGGGAAUCAUGCACAGAGAUGUCAAACCUCACAAUGUCAUGAUUGACCAUGAGCACAGAAAGCUUAGACUAAUAGACUGGGGUUUGGCUGAAUUCUACCACCCUGGCCAAGAGUACAAUGUCAGAGUGGCUUCCAGAUAUUUCAAAGGACCUGAACUUCUUGUAGAUUAUCAGAUGUAUGAUUACAGUCUGGAUAUGUGGAGCUUGGGUUGCAUGUUGGCUAGUAUGAUAUUCCGAAAGGAGCCAUUUUUCCAUGGCCAUGACAACUAUGAUCAGCUGGUGAGGAUAGCCAAGGUUCUGGGGACAGAAGAUCUGUAUGACUACAUUGACAAAUACAACAUUGAGCUGGAUCCACGUUUCAAUGACAUUUUGGGCAGACACUCCCGUAAGCGAUGGGAGCGCUUUGUCCACAGCGAGAACCAACAUCUGGUGAGUCCAGAAGCUCUGGAUUUCUUAGACAAGCUGCUGCGAUACGAUCACCAGUCACGACUCACAGCAAGAGAAGCCAUGGAACACCCCUACUUCUACCCCAUUGUGAAAGACCAGGCUCGGAUGGGCUCGUCCAACCUGCCGGGUGGCAGCACUCCUGUCAGCAGUGCGAGCAUGAUGUCAGGGAUUUCUUCAGUGCCAACACCUUCACCCCUUGGACCUCUAGCAGGCUCACCCGUCAUCUCUGCCACCACCACCCUGGGGAUGCCGGUUCCAGCUGCUGCGGGCGCCCAGCAGUAGUGACGGGCUCAGUCUCCUGCUGCCUGAGCUGAGUCAGGUGGGGAAGAGGUUUCCCCCUCCACCUCUCCUCAGGACGCAGCUCGUGCCUGGCAGGGGAAGGGAGGGGAUGAACGCUUUGGAGACACCGUGUCUGAACUGUUGCUUGUGGAUUUAUAGUAGUUCAGUCAUUAUAUACAAAAUUAUUAUAGGCUGAUUUUUCUUUUUUUACUUGAACUUUUCGUAACUCAGGGGAUUCCCUGAAAAUACCUACAGAUGGAAUACUUCUUGGACAGUUUUUCUUUCCCCCCCCCCCACCCCUCCCAAAAAAAAAAAAAAGCAAACAAAACAACAAAACAACUCUUCAUGUAAUAACAAAGAUGAAUCAACAGCAUUUCCAAGCUCUUGCAUCCUGCUGGAAAUCUCUUCUCUUCACGUUCCCACCAUUAUUCCUCCACAAGCCUUGGGGGAUUGUGCUGUUCUCCAGAGACUACCAAACCAAGUCUUCAUGAGGCAGGGGAGGGGAUUCUUAAAGUACCACUCACUUGAACCCCAUGUCCUGCAUAUGUCCCAGCCAGGGUACACUGAGGAGACAAUUCCAGUAGGGAGAGGUGGGAUAAGCUUUAAAGGAGUAAGUGCAGAUAGUGUCCAAAACCCUAAUUGGAUUGGAUAAUGUCUCCUUAGGAGUCAGCCAGAAUGCUAACUCACCCCUUGCAUGUAAUUUUAGUCUUUAAAAUGAAGUUACUGAUCCAGUUGGAGUCCUUGGCACCUCCUGAGACAGGUGCUCCUGUAGAGUAAGCCCUGCUCUCAUCAGCCCCUUUCUCGUGGAGGGUUCUUCCAGCCAUUGCUUGGCUUGGAUCUCUGGAAUUAAUUUGUUAUUGGGUAUAUUGUUUUUAAAUUGUUUCUAUAGGUUUCGAGCUGGUGGCUACUUAAAGCUGGAAAAAUCAGACUGCGCCAAGUCCGAUCCCACAUCUUCACCCACCAUCCCCUCCCUCACGUGCCAUGUGGUGAGAAUACCAGUUACCUCACAGUCUUGUAAAUAUGCACUGAGAGGAAGGAGCCAGGAGACGUUAACUUAAACUGAAAUGGUAGAUCAGUAAUUGUGGACAAAUAUUAUCAUUGACAACGGAAAAGCACCCUUGUUACAGCCCUGCUACCCCUUGCUGUGUAUAUAUACUUUGUCCUUCAUAUGUGAAAGAUCCAGUGUUGGAAUUCUUUGGUGUAAAUAAACAUUUGGUUUUAUUUAUCGA